CUUGACGGAGGAGGGCCAGCGUGCCUGUCUUUGUACCCAGACAUAGUAGCGUGAAAGCACGCUGCUCUGAGUCAGACUAGCAGACCCGCGGACUCCUCGUGGUUGAGCCCGGCCGGCAUCACACUGCACACCCGACCGACAGAGAGAGGAAGAAGAGACCUGCGACACACCGAGAGUCGGGAAAGCGGGAAUCUUUGUGUCAACCAAGUCAAGAACAAGAAAGAGGAAACUCAGCUGAAGAUGUCGGGGUUAAAAAAGAGAAACUCGAACUCCUCUGCGGACAAGGAGGAGGACGACAAGCAGGUCACGGAAAAGAUGCUGUCUACGGGCGGGGAGACGGGAGAGUCGAACCGGGGAGGAGCACCGGGAAGUGAGCCUAGCAGCCCCAACCACACCGCCGGAGGAGAGGGAGGAGAGAGAGCGGAGGGAGGGGUCGCCCUGAAGAGGACCAUCACCCUGUAUAACGGUGUGGCUCUCAUCGUGGGCACCAUCAUAGGCUCGGGCAUCUUCGUCACCCCAACCGGCGUGGUGAAGGAGGCCGGCUCGGUGGGUCUGUCCCUGGUAGUGUGGGCGGUUUGCGGGGUGUUCUCCACUGUCGGAGCCCUCUGCUACGCGGAGCUGGGGACCACCAUCAGUAAAUCCGGAGGGGACUAUGCCUACAUCCUGGAGGUGUACGGCUCCCUGCCGGCUUUCCUCAAACUUUGGAUCGAGUUGCUCAUCAUUCGGCCGUCCUCGCAGUACAUCGUCGCCUACGUUUUCGCCACCUACCUGCUGAAGCCUAUGUUCCCCGAGUGCCCGGUGCCGGAGAACGGGGCCAAGCUGUUGGCCUGCCUCUGCAUCCUCCUGCUGACUUUUAUAAACUGCUACAGUGUGAAGGCGGCUACCAGAGUGCAGGACUUCUUUGCAGCAGCCAAGCUCCUGGCCCUGGGCAUGAUCAUCAUCAUCGGCUUCAUCAACAUUGGACGAGGUGGCACAGACGGUCUUCUUCCAGAGAAUUCCUUUGAGGGGUCCAAAUACGAGUUUGGCAGCAUCGGCCUCGCCCUGUACAGCGGUCUGUUUGCUUACGGCGGAUGGAACUACCUGAAUUUUGUCACUGAGGAAAUGAUUGAGCCUUACAAAAACCUUCCCCGGGCCAUCAUGAUCUCUCUGCCCAUCGUGACCGUAGUUUACGUUCUGACCAACCUGGCAUACUUCACCUCACUCUCCCCUGAGGAGAUGCUCGGCUCAGAGGCCGUGGCUGUGGAUUUUGGUAACAAGCACCUGGGUCCCAUGGCGUGGAUCAUCCCGGUGUUUGUAGGUCUGUCCUGCUUUGGAUCUGUCAACGGCUCUCUGUUCACAUCAUCCAGGUUAUUCUUCGUGGGUUCCCGGGAGGGUCACCUGCCCAAUCUGCUGUCCAUGAUCCACCCCACCCUGCUGACCCCGAUGCCCUCACUCAUUUUCACUUGCAUGAUGACGCUGCUCUACGCCUUCUCCAACGACAUCUUCUCGGUCAUUAACUUCUUCAGCUUCUUCAACUGGCUCUGCAUCGCCAUGGCGAUCGUUGGGAUGAUGUGGCUCCGUUUAUAAGAAGCCAGAGCUGGAGAGACAAUCAAGGUAAAUAUUCUGCUGCCGGUGAGUUUCGUGCUCGCCUGCCUCUUCCUCAUCAUCGUCUCCUUCUGGAAGACUCCAGUGGAGUGUGCGAUCGGUUUCGGCAUCAUCGCCACCGGAGUUCCCGUCUACUUCGUCGGUGUGUGGUGGAAGGGCAAACCCAAGUGGAUGUUGAAUGGAAUCUUCUCGACCACAGCCUUGUGUCAGAAGGUGAUGGAGGUAGUUCCUCAGAGGUCUUAAACUGAAUUUCCGGAUGCACCAACAGUGACCUCGGGGCUCUGACAUCACAGUUGAUGACCUCUGUUGACCCCUUUCAACCCACUCCUUCUCCCUCUCACACACACAUACACACACCCUCUGCAGGGUGCUGAUAAGGACCUGAUGAAGACGAGUGUCUGAGGCUACUGUGUCUUUGCUGUCUUAAACGUUUUUUUUGUUGUGUUAUGUUGCUGACUUUUUUAAUGCGGAUAUUUGUUGUCACUAACUUCCUUUUAUGGUAGGUUUUUAUGCAUUUCAAUGAAUUAACUGUGUUUUUUUCAUGUAAAAUAUCAUCCCUCAUCAGAAACGUGUUUUUAGCAAGUUGUGCCUUACGUGGCCACGAAGAUCAUGAUGUGGUAUUAACCUACAAACAGAUGUAUACAUCUAGAUCCAUGCAACCAGGAACUUUUUUAUAAACACUAACGAGACUCCACUUAUAAUCUCCUUGAGCCAACUUUUGCUCUUAAGUACUGUAGAAGUUGAAUAUUGUUUGAUAUUCAUGAAGCUUUCUGUCGACAGUGUGUCAUGUCUGUCACUAUACGUGUCUGUCUGUUGAGUUUUAGCUCUGCGCUCUAGUCUGCCUUUAUAUGCUGCUGUAGGGAGAGAGUGAAGUUGACUACACAUCUUGUAGGAGAUUUUUGAAGUUUCACAUUUUUACAUUAAAAAUACUUAGUUUUCUUAUCUAAAUCCCUCAGAGGAAGGAAGAAUAACUAUAAAUAGAAGUUUUUGUUCAAAGCCUUUUCAUUACCAACUUAUCUACAGCAUAACUUGGUAAACCUGAGCAUAUUAUGUGCAGUCUACUGAUGUCACCUCACAGGAUUCCUGGGUAAUGCAGUUUUUUAACUGGUUGCUCUUUAAAUCAUCAUGUGGUCAGAUUGAAAGAGGUGCAUAAACCAGUAUUGGGAAAAUUGUUUCAUGACUUGUGACAAAAAGCGGGUCAGAAUUCAAAGUAUGUGGUCUUUGUGCUGCUGUUGAUUAUUUUUUGGAUCACCAAUCUAAUUUUCACUUACAGUAUGGGAUCAAUAUCUGAGCGUACUGAGCCCGGCUUACUGUGUGUGUGUGUGUGUGUGUGUGUGUGUGUGUGGGAUUUGUUACAUUGUGGGCCCAGUCAGUUUCUCUUGUAUUGCGCCAUCUACAAGCUGCUGUCAAUGAAGAGAGAUAAAAGAGGAAGGAUAUGUUUCUUUCUUUUUUUAGGGGGGGGGGUGAAGAACAGAAGGAGCACACUACAUUUACAGAUCCUCGUAUGAACUGCUAGUUUUUUAUUUCAUUCAUACGUUUUGUCACACACAAUAACAGUUACAAUAACAAGGUUAGUGCUGUAUUAUUAAUGUCGACCCUCCUCCUGGCAACGGACCAAAAGUACACAUUACCGUGGCGGCGCUGUUUCCGUAGUGACUGCAGUGGAGGUGGAUGCAGGAGGGGUUAAUGUGUAUGUUUUAGAGCUAGAGCCUUUCUAACACUCCAGCCAUCGCACAGAGCGGAUGGGACACUAACCCGAAUAGGACUGUAGAAAGUUUAUUUAUUUAUUUUUUAGUAAACUUGUUGUUUAUUGUUAUUAGUCCCUCUAAUUUGUUUAAAGGGCAUUUUUGUGAAAAGUGCUUUACAAAUAAAUCUUUAAGUUUUUUUUCCAA